UCCACGUGUGUUUGGUCGCAGCGGCUCAACUCCUGACGUGAACCCGGGUUUCAGUGCUCGAGCAGCGGGGAGGAUGGACGAGCGAGGCCGGCUGUGCUCCGUGUGGCUCGGCUCAGAGACGGGCAUCCUGAAGGGGGUCAGCCUCUCCCAAAAAAACGCUUUUAACUUCUGCAACACGCGACAUCUGAGCCGCGAGCAGGAGGUGCGCGCGCUGUGCUGGGGAGACCCGGCGGAGAGCGAGCUGCUGGUCGCGAGCCGGGACGGAACCGUGCGCACGUUCAGCACCGAGAAGGGUUCGUUCACCGAGGCGCGGGUCUGCGGGGAACCGGAGCAGGGCUGCUUCAGCGGGCUCGCGGUCAACGGGGAUGCGCUCAUCACCUGCGUGGAGUGCGGGACACUGCGGGUGUGGCGCGAGGACCGCAGCGACCCCGUCACCGAGCUGCACGCGGGGAAGAACGUGAGCAGGAUGAGGCAGAACCCGGUGCACCGGAACCAGGUCGCCACCGGAGGGAAGGACACCGGGCUGAAGAUCUGGGACCUGGACAGACCGGAACAACCCGCAUUCACCGCAAAAAACCUGCGGGACGACUGGCUGGAUCUACGGCAGCCGCAGUGGGUCAGAGACAUGGCGUUCAUCCCGGACUCCCAGAAGGUGGUCACGUGCACCGGAUACCACCAGGUCCACGUGUACGACCCGUCCACUCCGCAGCGCCGUCCCGUCCUGGAGGCUAAAUUCGGCGAGUACCCGCUCACCGCUCUGUCCCUUCCCGUCGGCGGCAGCACGGUGGUGGUGGGCAACACUCACGGUCAGAUGGCCAUGCUGGACCUGAGGAAAGGUCUGGUGUGUGGGAUCCUGAAGGGUCUGGCGGGCGGCGUGCGCUCCCUGCAGUGCCACGCCUCCCAACCCGUGGUGGCUUCCUGCGGCCUCGACCGCUUCCUGCACAUCCACAGCCUGGACGACCGCAAGCUGCAGCACAAAGUCUACCUCAAGUCACGCCUCAACUGCCUGCUGCUCUCCAGCCGGGACCUGGAGGAGGUGGGGGCGGGGGCGGCGGCGGGGGGGGCGGCGUCCGAGGAGGUGAAGGAGGAGGAGGACGAGGUGUGGGACGCUAUGGAGCAGGUGGAGGAGGCGGAGGAGAAGCAGAAGAGGAAAGCAUCAGGGGACGAAGAAGAAGAGGAAGAGGAGGAGGUGAAGAAGAAGAAGAAGAGCAAGAAGAAGAGGAAAAAGGGGCAAGACUGAGAGGCGUUUGAGGUGCGAUCAGAGCGUGGGACGUUUCAGCGCCGUCAGACUGAUCAGACUGAACAUUCAGCUGCUGAGAAUGAACUCAGGUGUUUGUCUACAGAUGUGUUUUAUAUGUUUGUCAGCAGUGUGUGAGCUUUAUUAAAGUGCCUGCAGCUGA